ACAAGAGGCUAUUGCUGUAGAUCUUCUAAAGACCUGGUUUUCUUUUCCCUUUUGUUUCUAGGCCGCGUGUAUUACUUCAACCAUAUUACGAAUGCCAGCCAAUGGGAGCGCCCCAGUGGAGGUGGGAAAAAUGGCCAGGGGGAGCCGGCCAAAGUGCGCUGUUCACAUCUUUUGGUGAAACACAACCAGUCCAGAAGGCCCUCAUCGUGGAGGCAGGAAAAGAUCACACGGACCAAAGAUGAGGCACUGGAGCUUAUAAAUGGCUACAUCCAGAAGAUUAAAUCGGGAGAAGAGGACUUUGAAUCUCUGGCUUCCCAAUUCAGUGACUGCAGCUCAGCGAAAGCAGGAGGCGACCUGGGUGCUUUUGGGAGAGGUCAGAUGCAGAAACCUUUUGAAGAUGCCUCAUUUGCGCUGAGGCCUGGCGAGAUGAGCGGACCAGUUUUCACAGAUUCAGGGAUCCACAUCAUCCUCCGCACAGAAUGAAGUGCCUUGGUGACAACGUAGAAAGGAAAGGGCAAGGGGAAGAAAGGAAAAAUCUACGCCAACCCUGCACUCUCCCGAACGAACUUCAUAUACAGUUUAAAAAAAAAAAGCUCAUUUCAUAUCUCAAUACCUUCUGUGGCACCUGACACAAUGUUUUCCACCUGUAGAGAUGCAUGGUUAGCCAAGGAUGAUAAUGCAAUCAAAAUAAGACAGUAGCAUCUUUCAUGAGCAGAGAGAAUGUUAAAUUUUUCUGGCAUGCCACAGCUGCUUGAGUUUUUUAUUGACAAUUCCUCAGUUUAGGAGAUGUGUCAAUGCUAAAGGUCACACUUCAAUGCUUCUCAUAUCCACCUUAUUAAAGAUACAGAGUAUUUAUUACAGUACUGCACUGAUGGUGGCAAAAUUGACUUGUGAGCUCUGGCGUUAGGAUGGAAUGAAAUCCCCACCCAGCUUCCCUGCACAUUUGUUUAAAAAAAAAAAAUACAGAAUAAAUGGCAUUUGGUCUGCAGCCAGCUCAUUUGUUCGCAGAACUGAUCUGUUAAAGUUAUUUAAAAAUUGACCUUAAGACACCAAGCAAAGAGCUAGGCUGGUCCAGUUCAGCCAGUCUCUUGUGCCUGCCUGUAGCUACCCUUCAUGCAGCUGUCCAUAUGUCCUGCCGCACGAUGGUACCUGGAGCUCCCUCCACCUCUGCCAUUUCAUUGACUUAAAACUUGAAGAUGCCUUUUGGUUGUAAGGAUAAACAGAAGAGGUUAUUGGGCAGUAGUUACAGUGUAGGAAGGUCUCUAGCCAGUUAAACUGUGUAGAGGUACAUAGGAUGCUGUGUGUUAAUCAUCCCAGCAUGAGAUCACUCCAUCAUUGAGAUAUGAGUGCCAUUCUGUAGGAGGGACUGUAAUAUGGGAUUCCGGUCUAGAGAGAAGGCUGUUUUCCUCAAGCUUCUUUUUAUCCACUUGUGGUUAAACACUGUAAGUCAUUGUUUCCAGUUACAUUGCAUUGCUUAUAUUUAGUAAAAUAACAGAAAAAAAUCCCAGCUUUGGUCCAGUGCAAACAAGCUAUAUAGUUCCAAUUCUCUUAAACAGAAAAUAAAGCCCUCUCCAAUUAAACAUUU